UCAUGUAGAGAGAGAGGAAGCUACGAGGCCUGCACAGAAAAAAAAGGAGCUAUUCUACAAACUACAGGAGUGGCCCAGUUGCUUUUUAUCGCGACGAAAAUCAGGGCCGAGUGCUAUUUUAACAUCACAAGGGAGAUUUUAUAUUUAGCAGUGCGAUUAAGCUGUUUAACGAUUUUACACGCGCGUGUUCACCUGCAUCCGGGAGGCACGCGCUAGUUGUCACUCCUCAAAGCCUACUGCAGCGGCAGCAGCAGCAGCAGAAUCAACAAUAACAAGUGAGCGCCCAGACUGAACCAGGCCCUGGGUCUGUGGGGAAACAUCAUCGCCGCGAUGGCGUGUCUUGGUGUUUUUACUUGGUGAGGAAGUUUGUUGGUGAAACCGGGGCAGUAUGAGCCAACAGACUAAACCUCAUUUCAAACUCUAGCCUCAGAAACGCAGCACCCGGAGCAGAGCGGAGACCGGACAUGGCAUCAGAGGAGUCUUCUUUGCGAGCACUAGAAAGUCUUAUGACUGAGUUUUUCCACAGCUGCACUACUAAUGACCGAAAAAGAGAGAUUGAGGAACUGCUAAAUAGCUUUGCUGGCCAGCCAGGUUCCUGGAGACACUGCCUCUACUUCCUCUCCAAUAGCAGAAAUGAAUAUGUCAUGAUGUAUAGUCUUACAGUAUUUGAGAACCUUGUCAACAAAAUGUGGGUCGGUGUAGCCAGUGAGGAUAAAGCAGACCUUCGCAGCUGCUUGCCAAAGUUGUUGCUGUCCCAGCAUGCUCUGUUGCCCUUCUUCAUCAGAAAUAAGCUUUGCAAAGUCAUAGUUGACAUCGGACGCCAGGACUGGCCAAUGUUCUACCAUGACUUUUUUAGCAAUACUUUACAGUUGGUGCAGUCCCCUACUCUGGCACCCUUGGGUUUGGUUCUGUUAAAGAUGACUUCAGAGGAGCUGGUGUGUCCGAGGGAAGACUUGAGUGUUGCUAGAAAAGACGAGCUGAAAAAACUCCUCCUGGAACAGAUACCCACCGUAUUGAAUCUUUUGACUGGUAUUCUCGAAACUGUUUGGGAUAAGCACAGCGUGUCAGUAACAACGCCUCCUCCGUCACCUACAUCAAGAGAGACAGGUGUACUGACGGGUGAUGCCACUCCGCUGCUGCUGGACCCUGAGAGUAGCACAUUGUGUCUGCUGACUCUGGAGUGUUUGGCUCAUCUCUUCAGUUGGAUACCUCUAUCCUCCUCCAUCACACCGGCCCUAUUGGCCUCCAUCUUCCACUUUGCUCGCUUUGGUUGUCAGCUGCCAAUCAAAACCAAGGCUCCACCCACAUCCAAUGGAGACCCUGCCCCUGGCAGUAUCUUUGCCAAUGGAAGCCAGGGAAGGACAGGGCACACAGUGGACCAUGCCAAGCGAGCCCAGUUAGGCAUCAUGGCCAUGAGCUGCAUUAAUGAGCUGAUGUGUAAAAACUGUGUGCCGCUUGACUUUGAGGAGUUUCUUCUCCGUAUGUUCCAACAGACUUUUUACCUCCUACAGAGACUCACAAACUCGCACACCAACAUACACACAGUCAAAAACAGACUGCAGGAGUUGGAUGAAAGUUAUUUGGAGAAGUUCACAGAUUUUCUGCGACUCUUUGUAAGUGUUCAUCUAAGGAGGAUAGAGUCCAAUGCUCAGUUUCCUCUAGUGGAGUUUCUGGCUUUGCUGUUUAAGUACACCUUCAACCAGCCAACACAUGAGGGCUAUUUGGCUUGCCUGGAUAUAUGGAGUAUAUUCCUGGACUACCUAACCACCAAAAUUAGGAGCCGACUGGAUGACCGGGAUAGUGUCUUAAACAGGUAUAAGGAUGCUUUAGUGCUGCUGCUAAGAGAAGUCCUGAACCGCAUUCAGUUCAGGUUGAACCAGAGUCAGCUGGAAGAGCUGGACGAUGAGACCCUUGACGAUGAUCAACAAACUGAGUGGCAGCGAUAUUUGCGUCAGAGUUUGGAGGUGGUUGCCAAGGUGAUGGAGCUGCUCCCAUCCCAGACCUUCUCUAUUCUGUUCCCAGUACUUCAGGAGGACUUGGAUGUUUACCUUGGGCUGCAGCAGUUCGUCGUUAACACAAGAACAAAUCGCAGGUUAAACAUCACAGCGGAAGCUGACUGUCGGAAGCUGCACUGUGCCCUGAGAGAUUUAAGCUCCCUGCUGCAGGCUGUUGGCCGGUUGGCUGAGUUUUUCACCGGAGACGUCUUUACAGCUCGCUUCAACGAUGCACUAGCUAUUGUUCAGAGGCUUGUGGAGGUCACUUGUUAUGGCUCUCAAAUUAGCCUGUAUGACGUUGAAAUGGCUGUUCCUUCAGUUCUUAAACCUGACCUUAUAGAUGUCCAUGCCCAGUCACUGGCUGCACUGCAAGCAUAUUCGCAUUGGCUGGCUCAGUUCUGCAGCGAAGUACAGCGGCAGCAGGAUCAAACUCGAUUUGUUGACCUCAUCACAUCAUGUAUGGCCGCCACGACACCCCUCAUUAAUGGCAAGGUUCCUGAGAAAUUGCUGUUAUCUGCUUGCCAUCUCCUGGUAUCCAUGGCAACAACAGUGCGCCCUGUGUUCAUGGUGUCACUACCUGCGGUACAGAAUGUCUUCAAUCUCAUCACGGAAAACCACAAUCAAAGGCUGCCUCAGGAGGCUCAUGUUCUGGUGUGUAGGGCUUUAUCAAACAUGCUUCUUUUACCGUGGCCUAGCCUACCAGAGGCAGAACAACAAUGGCCAAGCCGAUCAACCAGUCAUGCCCGUCUAAUCAGCACCAUCACACAUCAGUACCGCCUGCUGCCCCGCCCACCAAACCACCAUCCCAACAGUAAAGUUGUGCUGCAGCAAACCUUGUGUGUACUGAAAGAUCUAGUGGACAGCAUAUCAGGAGAAGCCACAAAAUCUCGUCAGAUUGGUUAUCAGAGCUUGCAGGAGUCUGUCCAGGUUACUCUGGCUCUGUUCCCACUGUACAUUCAUCAGCCUGAUAUAACAGAUGAGAUGCUGAGUUUCUUCCUCACACUAUUCCAGGCACUUAGGGUGCAGAUGGGAGUCGCAUUCACUGAACAGGUUAUUCAGACUUUCCUCAGCAUGUUCACCAGGGAGCAGCUGGCUGUCAGCAUUCUCCAGGAGGGCAGUGCUGGAUCAAAAGUUGUUGAAAAAUUCCUCAAGAUUCUACAGGUUGUGGUUCAGGAGCCUGGUCAGACAUUUAAACCCAUGUUACCCAGCAUCCUCAGUCUUUGCAUGGAGCAGGUUUACCCCAUAGUGGCAGAUCGUUCCUGUCCAGACGUCAAAGUUGAAAUGUUCGAGCUACUUUUUCAAAUCCUCCAUCAGAACUGGAGGUUCUUCUUUAAGACCUCGGUCCUAAACAGUGUUCAGAGAGCAGGAGCAGAAGAACACAUGGAGAAUGAGGCCCAGUUUAUUGCUGCCAUGCAGGCCUUUGGACAGUCCUUCCUGCAGCCAGAUAUCCAUAUCUUCAAACAGAACUUGAAUUAUCUGGAGGUUCUUAACACAAAACACAAACUGUACCACAGGAAGCUGUUCAGAAACUCCAUGCUCUUCCAUUUCAUCAACGUGCUGCUACAAGUUCUCCUGCAUAAGAGCCAUGACCUCCUGCAGGAUGAUAUCACUAUGGCCCUCUACAACAUGGCCGCUGUAGAUUUCUCAGCUUUUUUUUCCUCCUUCCUGCCAGAGUUCCUUAACAGCUGUCAAGGCCUCGACCCUCACCAACGCACAACGCUUGCUCGCAACUUCACGCCAGAGAGGGACCUGCCAUCAUUUUCUCAGGGAGUGUAUCGAUUAGUGAAUGACCUGCGUUUUUACAGACUGUGCAAUGGAAGCCUGCCUCCAGGAACACUGAAAUUAUAGCGAUGUUCCCCGCUAAGUGCAAAGCCAAACCACAUCUCGUCUUCACGAGGAAGCAGAUCACUUCCACACAAGUGGUCAAGCCACGCCCUCUGCCAGGACCCAGCCUACAAUCUCUCCGUAGCGGUGUGAUAUCAGAACCACACCGUUUGUGGGGUUUGUUAGCUUUUUUUUUAUGUUUAUUUCAGCAAAAGUUCACGUUGCCAACGAUCAUGAGGCCAAAGUGUAUGUUCCACUGCUGCAAAGGUGAGCGGAGCUGAAGAGCUGAAGCUGGUUUAAGUUGAGUGCACGUUUAAGUGGGUGUGUAAGCACUGUGGCUUGGGUUUUGAAUCAUUGUUCUCUUAAAAAGAAGUGCCAUUUAUAGCACUCGGCUGCAGAUGAGGUGAACAGUUUUGAUUUAUAAAGAGUGAACACAGUUUGACUUGGACGCUUGAUUGGGUCUUUGGUGACUAAUAGCGUAAGUACUGUUUUAAAAUGGACCUCUGAGAUGAAGAGCGAGAGUUACAUUUUCUUUCAUUUCUAAUUUUAACGCUUUCAUCGCCAUGGAGACGGACUCUUACUCCUUUCAUAUCAUUCCAUCCUGAUUCAGGAGAUAGACCUUCAAUAAAGUUUUAUAAGGAAACACCUGUGUAUUUGCUGCCCUUUCCUUUGUUCACUCCUUAAAAUCUUGUGCUUUACUUUUUUAAAACAGUAAUACCAGUCAAAAUCCAGAUUAAAGUUCAGUCAGUGAUAAUUGAAAUUGUUUAGGCAGGGUUUAAGCUUUACACAUCAGUUCUUCAUUUAAAUGUACUUUUAACAAUUUUCCUCUCUGAUGUGUGUAAUGACUGUCAAUGGGGAGGAUCAAACGACCAGUUGUCAUUCUGGCACAGCUUCACCCGGUUAAAUCAAAAAUGUUAAAGUGCUUGCUUUAAUUGUUUUGUUGUUUUUGGUAAUUUAUGAAUAACCACUUUGUGCUUGAUGGGUUGGGAAAAUGCAGACUGGUCAAGUAGGAUAGAGAAAUUAAUGUUUAAUGUAAUUUGGACAAGAAAUGGAAAAAAGAAGUCACAGGUCCUAUGGGAUGGCAUUUGGGACAGUAGCAGUUAUUGGUCUGCCCACAUCUGGUGACUUCCUGGUUCUUGGGGAUUACCAGUAGACCAGGACUUUUAUAUUUUCACAGAGCUGUCAAAGAGGAUUAUACUAUUAUACCCUAAUUAUUGUAAGUGUAUUUAUGGGUUUAGCAUUUUUCAACCCAAGUACAUUUCAAAGCUGUGUAAUAUGAGAGUUAAAUUAAAACUUCUUUCCCCUUACUUUGCACUGUAAUACAAAUGUGUCUCAAAAUUGUACCAUGUUCUUAAAUACAUCGCAUUUCAUUCAGUGCCAGCACUUAAUGACUACCUAGAUCCGUCUAGAAAAAUAAAUUGUUUUAAUUCUAA